UAGGAAUUAUCCUGUUAUUUUCUGUUGUCUGUAAUUUCUUGGUAAUUUUCGUGGUAUGGAGGAACAAAAAAAUGAGAAAUGUUACAAAUAUCCUUAUAUGUAAUUUAUCAGUCAGUGAUAUAAUUCUUGCAGGGAUUAUCCUUCCUCAGAAUCUCCAUGAUAUAUCACACGAAGAUGAUUUCCAUGAGGGUCCCCUCCUAUGCAAAGUUGCUUUUGCCUUUCCCAUUUUGUGUAUUACAUCAGCGUCAUAUACUUUAGCAACAAUGGCGUUUGAGAGACGAAAUUGUAUAGUGGAUAGUCUAAAGACCCAAAUAACGAACAGACAUUGCAAAUUUAUUAUCCCUUGUGUUUGGGUUAUAGCUUUCCUUGCCGCUACUCCUACCAUUAUAGAAUUCCAGGUUGUAGAUCAACAGACAAUAGAGGGCAACCAAACAGAAACACAUAAAGCUUGCAAUAGCGAUAUGGUACCCCGUGCCUUUGUGAUUGGAAACGGAAUAAUGCUACUGUUUGUAACAUAUAUCGUACCACUGGUUAUCAUUUUAUACAACUAUUCAAGGAUAAUAUAUUUUGUUGUUCAACAAACCAGAUCAUCUGCAGACCAAACGACAACAGCAGCCGCUGCCAAUUCAACUAUUUUGAAAAAGAAAAUGAAGAUAAUUAAAAUGUUAAUAAUUGUAGCAGUAUUGUUUGCCAUGAGCUGGUUACCUUAUUUCAUCACACUUAUAAUUGCAAAAAGCACAGGGAGUGAUGGAAGUGAAAGCGCCAGUUCAGUUACAUUUUUGGUAAAGAUAGCCUUAGCCGCAUUCAGCACCGCGUACAAUGUUGUUCUAUACGUUACAUUUAAUCCUAUGUUUCGACAGGCCUUUUUACGUAUAUUUAUGUGUAACAGAAAGAAACAAAAUAAAAUUGCAGCGGUGUCAGAUCUGGAUACACAAAACCGUCCUAAUGAAAGAUCAUGUGGUGUUCUCGCUACAGCAAAUACAUCGGUGGACAAUACGUCUUGUCAGCCUUAA